CUGCCUAGGAGCCAUUGGAAUCCAUGGCCAGCAUACCGGAGAUCUAUCCCAAGCUGCGAGAAGCACUGGAGCAAUUUCUCCGUGACAGAGCAGAGGUGGAGAGCAAGUGUGCUGAGUUGUGCCUGUAUUGGUUGUCAGAAAAAUUGCAACAAACCAGGCGAGAAGCGAUCAGUCGGGCACGCAGUUUUGUAGAAAAGUUUCGAAAGGUCACGGAGAUGGACUUGGCAGAGGAAGACAUCGUGUCAAUGGAGGAUCUCGCUGUGGCCUGUGCCAAAUCUCAAUUCUGGGACAAGGAUCUCUGGCAUCCAAAACAGACUGUUUCGUAUCUGAAGAAAUCGGACGGAACCUGGAUCAUACCUCACAAUUGUGGCAGGUCGUGCCAUUCGCAAUGUGAUCAAUUAGCCUUGGAAGAGAACAUGUUCACCUAUGCAGAAUUCUUUGAAUCUUGUCCAUAUGAGCACCAAUCAGACAUGGAAAAGGUUGCAGAAGAUCUUUUAUGUCUCUUGAAGCCAGUUCAAGAGGAAUUGCUUCCUCCCGAAGGGCCAACAGAUCUGCGGAUUUGGGAGAUCUUUGCAGCUGCAAAGGCGCAGCAGAGGCAGUUCAACAUGGUGGCCGUCUAUGCAAACUGCUUGCCCGAAACCAAUGAAUUGGUGCAGUCAAUGCAGGCCAAAUUCAAAAGCCUCCUGUCAUCUUUCAAACGGGUGCAGUUGCACCUGGAAGGAGAAAGACUUCUUGGCAGAGAGCUCAGCUCCAAGAUGACCGGCUUCGCCAUGCGGCUCAAAUCGUGUUGCCGAGGAGUUGUGGGAAAUAUGACCUCGGGGCGGAAGAUGACCGCAGCAAGGCUCCAAGAUGACCGCAGCAAGGCCACCCGGCGCUGGUCACAGCUCUCGGCCGAAGCUUCGCAGAUCGCAGCUCAGGUGAAGGAGCUGGAGGUGACUGAGGACAAUUCCCUGGGCUCAUGGAGCCUAGUCUCAGGAGGUGGAAGACCUAUCGAAAGCUCGGAAGUUGGCAGCAUGGCAUCUGGUCAUUCAGUUGACAGCCAGUCCUCCUGCCUGUCGGGCCAUGGUGGUCCUCAUUGUUUUUUGCCCUCCUACCUCUUUAAGUCCUUGCAGGCUGACGACAAGUUGUCAUCGAAGUCCUCCGUUUGGGCCAAUGCAAAGGAUUUGCAGAAGGGCACCAAGAUCCUUGCGGCGGAUGGUACCUUGGUAGAGGUGAUCAAGUUGGAGGUGCAGAAGACCAACAAACUGCUCGAGUUGGAGAUUGACGAAGCAGUGCCGUUCACCACGACCCCCAGCCACCGCAUCAUGGUCCCAUCGGAUGGUGACGACAUGACCAUCAAGGCGGUCGACCUGAAACUGGGGAGUUGGGUGAUGUGCAGCGAUGACAUGGCCAAGAAGGUCAAGGGGAUGAGAUUUAUCCAUGUUGAGGAACAAGAGGUGCUGGCCAUCACCUUCCACCCAGACAAGGCCGUGGCGUGCUUCCUGCCACCCGAGGAGCCCGUCGUGUUGACCAAGGGCCGAACCCUGAAACCGCCGCGCCGCGGUGGGAUGGGCGGCCGCAGUGUGAAUCAUGAGCUCAUCAGCCUCCCAGAUACGGCUGGGGGUGAAUAUGAGGAUUGCCUGAGGAUCGGACUUCCCAUGGCAAAGCCAAGCACGGUGACGGGUGCAGGUGCCAAGGGCACUGGUGGAAAUGUGCCAGAGACGCUGCUGCGAUCAGCCGUGGAGGUGUGGCGCAGGGAGUUUGAGCGGUGCAACUGGGGGGUUACCAUUUCGGCGGUGCUGAAGACGGUGGCUCUAGAGAAGAAGCAACCUGCCGAGGAGCCAUUGGAAUCCAUGGCCAGCAUACCGGAGAUCUAUCCCAAGCUGCGAGAAGCACUGGAGCAAUUUCUCCAUGACCAGGCAGAGGUGGAGAGCAAGUCGGGCGAAUCUUGGACGUCGCAAAAAUUGCAACAAACCAGACGAGAAGCAAUGAUUCGGGCAUGCGGUUUUGUAGAAAAGUUUCGAACGGUCACAAGAAUGGACUUGGACGAGGAAGACAUCGUGUCAAUGGAGGAUCUCGCUGUGGUCUGUGCCAAAUCUCAAUUCUGGGACAAGGAUCUCUGGCAACAAUCUGUCAGUCACACCUAUGGGUAUGUUCUUUCAUGUCCAUAUGAGCACUCAGAGGUGAAAAGGGUUGCGGAAGAUCUUUUGUGCCUCCUGAAGCCGGUGGAGGAGGAGGAGGAAGAGUUGCUGCCUCCCGCAAGUCCAACAGAUCAGCGGAUUUGGGAGAUCUUUGCAUCUGCAAAGAUGCAGCACAAACAGUUCAGCAUCGUGGCCGUCUAUGCAGGAUUUCAGAGGAGUCUUCCAGAAACCAAUGAAUUGGUGCAGUCAAUGCAGGCCAAAUUCAAAAGCCUCCUGUCAUCUUUCCAGCAUGUGCAGCUGCAGAUGGAGAGACAAGGGCUUCUCGGCCCAGAGCUCCAGACCAAGAUGACCCGCUUCCCCAAACGGCUCAAGUCGUACUGCCAAGGCUUUGCGACCAGCAUGAUGACCCGAUGGGGAGACCAACAUGGAAAAAAGGCCUUUGUUUACACAAUUCAACUUCAGCUCGACGGGAUGACACAGCGGUGGUCACGGCUUUCGGCCGAAGCUUCGCAGAUCGCAGCUCAGGUGAAGGAGCUCGAGCUGCCUGAGGUCAACUCCCUGGGCUCAUGGAGCCUGGUCUCAAGAGGUGGAAGGCUGGUUGAACAUUUGGAAGUUGGCAGCAUGGCAUCUGGCCAUUCGGUUGACAGCCAGACGUCGUGCCUGUCAGGCCAUGGUGGGCCCCACUGCUUUCUGCCUUCGCAUCUCUUCAAAGUCUUCCAGCCUGGAGGUGAAGCUCCAGUUUCCCUGGUGUCUGCACAGGAUUUGCAGAAUGGUGCCAAGAUCCUGUCGGCAGAUGAUGCUUCGAUGGAAGUGAUCAAGGUGGAAAGGCAGAAAACCAACAAGCUGCUGGAAUUGGAGAUUGAUGAUGCGGUGCCCUUCACAACCACCCCCAAUCAUCGUAUCAUGGUCCCGUCUGAUGGUGACGAGAAGACUGUCAAAGCCGUAGACCUGAAACUGGGAAGUUGGGUGCUGUGCAGCGAUCGUGUGGCCAAGAAAGUGAUUGGAAAGAGGGAAUACCUUGUCGAAGACCAGGAGGUGUUGGCCAGCACCUUCCAUCCCGACAAGGCUGUGGCGUGCUUCCUGCCACCCGACAAGCCGCUGGUGUUGUCCAAGGGCCUGACCCGCAAACCCAUCCGUCGCAGUGGCAUGAACCGCCGCGUGCGCCGCCGUGUGGAUGGAGAUGAGGUGGCCAGUGUGCCUGAGACGGCAGCGGGGGAAUAUGAGGACUGAGUGAACGUAGAGAGCUUCGGCAGAUGUAGUUGGCUGGGCAAAGUUGUCACAUUUUUGCAUUGUUU